AACCGAACCUUCACCAUUAUCGCCAACAGUCAUCGACUGCCGCAACUUGGGUGUCUUAUAUUAUCCAGCAAACUUCUUCAUUAUUACAGUCACAGUAAACUCACAGAAACAAAAGCCCUAGUUCCAGACAAUCUCAUUAUAUCCUUGGAUUCUUCUUCGACUGGUAUAUCAAGAUGAAUCGCGACGCUGAUGCAGCUCACAAUCUUCUUGAGCGCAAGAACAAGCUCAUGGCCGAGCUCAUGACUUAUUACCGCGACAUGAUACACACAGCCACCCAGCAGAUUCCCGCCAAUGCUUCCAAUUCCUCGGCUGCCAUCAACAGUCUCGCGAUGGAGACCGCCAUGACGGGCUUCAUCAGAGCCACCGAGGACUUGCUCUCCCUUACCCAUGAGAUCCGCGAGCUGUGGAUCAUUGGCCCGUUGACCAAGCCUGGCGCCGGUGACGAGGAAGCCAGACGGAACAUGAAGCAGGAGGCGGAGGAGACCUUCAACCUGGUCAACGCUUUGAGGAAUGAGCAGAGGCUGGCUCAGAUUGGCGCCGCUGAACAGUCACCGAUGAGGUACUACGUCAAGAACUUGGAAGGCCAUCCCGGGAGAACGCAGGCAGGACAGGUACCUGGUGUGCACCAGUGAGCUCUUGUUGCUUUCAGCCGGUGAUCUCCUGUUUCAUUUUUUACAGCAUGGGGCGUUUGGAGUUGGGGGUUG